AUGGGUUUGCGUGGCAGCCAUGGCAGCUCGGAGGGGCCACGGUUCCCCAGCAUCCCUGCUGGGAAGGAGCCUUCGCUGGGGAACGAGCUGCAGUGCCUGCGGGGAGGUGUCAGCCCUGAGGGCAGGCAGAGCCUGCUGCUGCUGGAGAGGAGCUGUCUGGACACAGGAUACCCUCAGCCUGUAGGUUCAGACCUUAUAGUACUCGAAGCCUUUCCUGCAGAUCAGCUGGAGGAUGGGAAAGGCUUGAAUGUGGCAUUUAUGCUGUCUCUAAAGAGAGUCUGGCAGUUCACGGGCUUGAAAAUAAAAUUUGAAUUUUUCUUUUUAUUUAAGGCUUGCAACAAAGAAGACGACUCGCUGCUCCACAAACCUCUUGCUCUGGGUCACGGUGCUCUCUGCGAGCACGCCGAGUCAAGUGAAAAGCUGAUUGAAGGGCAGGUCAUUGAACUUGAAGAUGGGACCACAGCUUACAUCCAUCAGGUGACAGUUCAGAAAGAAUCUGUGGCUUUUGAAGACGGUCAGCCAGUAGUGUUGGAAGAUGGCAGUAUGGCCUACGUACACAACACAGCUAAAGGAAGUUAUGACCCCGGCACCUUUGAGGCCAUCCAGCUGGAAGAUGGCUCCACUGCUUACAUACAUCGUCCUGUCAUCGUGCCGCCUGGCAGCACCAUCCUGGAAGUGCAGGCAGAAACUGGGCUAGAGGCGUUGGCUGGAGAGGAGGAAGAUGAUGCCCUUGAUGUCGAGACUGUUCAUGCGUUAGAGCAGUACACGAGCAAGGUGUCUGACGAGGAAGAGGAGGGAGUGACAGACACCUGCCAUACGAGGAGCGAGGACUCCAGCGACAUCCCUUCCCAGGAUUUGCAGGAGGAGGAAGUGCACAGCAACGAGAAGGGGCAGCAGGUCAGCAGCAGAGCUUUCCGUUGUGGGUACGAAGGCUGUGGCCGCCUCUAUACCACCGCCCACCAUCUAAAGGUACACGAACGCGCUCACACAGGUGACCGGCCAUACACGUGCGACUUCCCAAGCUGUGGGAAAGCAUUUGCUACAGGGUACGGGCUGAAGAGCCAUGUGAGAACGCAUACCGGUGAGAAGCCAUACAAGUGUCCAGAAGACAUGUGCAGCAAAGCCUUCAAAACCUCGGGGGACCUGCAGAAACACAUCCGGACGCACACAGGUGAGCGUCCCUUCAAGUGCCCCUUCGUGGGCUGUGGCCGCUCUUUUACCACGUCCAACAUCCGCAAGGUUCACAUCCGAACGCACACCGGCGAGAGGCCGUACAUGUGUCCGGAGCCCAGCUGCGGAAGGGGCUUCACCAGUGCCACCAAUUACAAGAACCACAUGAGAAUCCACACAGGUAAGAGGCCGUACCUAUGCCCUGUGCGGGGCUGUGGCAAGCGCUUCACGGUGUCCCCCAGCCUCUACAAGCACCAUGUGGUCCACACGCACUGCAAGCCCUACACCUGCAGUAGCUGUGGGAAGACCUACCGCCAGACCUCCACGCUGGCCAUGCACAAGCGCAGCAGCCACGGCGAGCUGGAGGCCACGGAGGAGAGCGAACAGGCCCUCUACGAACAGCAGCAGCUGGAGGCUGCUGCUGCCGACAGAGGCUCCCCCCUGAAGAGCCAGCAUAUCGCUUUCCUGUCAGAGAUGGAGGAAGAUGAAGAGGAAGAGGAAGAUGAUGAUGGUAUGCCUAUGCAGGUCUCGCUUAUCUCUCAGGAUGGGACGGAGCAGGUCCCUUUGUCACAGGAAGACCUGCAGGCCCUGGGCAGUGCCAUCGGCAUGGUGACCGAGAGCGGUGCCCUGGCUGUGCCUGAGGAGGAGCUGGUGGGUGGUGACACCGUGACUGUGGCCAACACCGACGGCACUGAGACGCAGCCGGUGACCGUAGUUCCUUCUGGGGCAGUCACGUCCGAGGAAUCAAUGCCUCCUGCGCCCCUCGGAGCUGGGGAGGGAGACCUGGGCUGGCUGCCUCGGCCGCGUGCCCCUGCCCGGCUCUCUGCGGGCAAAGCCAGCGCCGAGGGCACCGUGGGAUCGCUGAAGACCGCCGAGUCCAGCUGCAAACCGAACGCCGGCGCGGGCUCGCAGCCGUCGGCCGCGUUGUUCUUUGGAUCCACCCGAGGAGUUUGCGGGGAAGAGGUUUCUGUGGGUGAGGAAUGGGCAUAA